CGACCCCACCACACGGCCGCAACAGCCACCGCCAGACCAGCAGCGCACACACACACCAGCCAAGCCAAGGGAAGGUCGCCGGAGAGAGAAGCGUGGAAGAUGUCCGGGCGCGGCAAGGGAGGGAAGGGGCUGGGCAAGGGCGGCGGCAAGCGCCACCGGAAGGUGCUGCGCGACAACAUCCAGGGCAUCACCAAGCCGGCGAUCAGGCGGCUGGCGCGGCGGGGCGGCGUGAAGCGCAUCUCGGGGCUCAUCUACGAGGAGACCCGCGGCGUGCUCAAGAUCUUCCUGGAGAACGUCAUCCGCGACGCCGUCACCUACACCGAGCACGCCCGUCGCAAGACCGUCACCGCCAUGGACGUCGUCUACGCGCUCAAGCGCCAGGGCCGCACCCUCUACGGCUUCGGCGGCUAGGUCCAGUCGAAUCCACCUCGCGCCGCCAGAUUCCUACUAGUAUAUAGCUAGCUAUGGUUGUUCAGUGUUCAUUCUCGCUGCUGUUGUUCAGUGUUCAGUGUUUGGAUGUAGUAUGAUAGAAUGGAAAUCGCAGCAUUUUACUCUCAAAUUCUUCUGCAACAUCUUGCUCUGUGCUAGUGCGCUUUGUGAAAAUUCCCCCAUUCCGAUUCUGUCGCUGUACUGUAGUUUUCUGCUCCCAUCGAUCGUGUUGGCUUCAGUCACUGACUGAAUGACAUUGAUCUUCAUAUAAAACAUUUCCAAUCAAAUAUGAUCUAGUUCUUCAUGUA